GUUUUUGAGUCUUCGUUAUCGUCGAUCACCUCUCCUUCUUUCUCUCUCUCUCUUUUUUUUUUUUUUUUGUCUGCAUGUUUCAUUAAGUAUUUUCAAAAAUUAAUUCUGAGUGCAACUUAUGGGUAUAAAUAUGGGACUCAAUGGGGAGAGUCCAAAGCACGCUAUUGCCUUCUGUUCAAAAUGAAGGCAUUUGUUAUUGCAACCAUUCUCUUGUUCUCCAUUCUCAUUCCCACUUCCACUUCGGCUGCUGAAUUGGUCCCCGAUGGAUUCGCAGCAACCUACUGCCUACUACCCAAAAUGAAGGCAUUUCUCAUCGCAACCAUUCUCUUGUCCUCCCUUCUCAUUGCCACUAAUUCCACUUUGGCUGGUGACAAAGAAGCUGUUGUUUGUAACGAUCCAAAAAAGGUGAAUAGCUACAAGCAAGCUGCUCCACCAAAGCGGGGAUGCAAAAUAAGAGAGGGAUGCAGGGGGCCGCCGACGGCAACACCACACACAUCUACGCCUCGAUAAUUAUAGACGAAGCUAUAUAGGCAUAUGCUUUAUAAGGGAAGUCGCAAAUUUGCAAUGGCUAUAAAUAAGUUGCGUAUGUCUACUGUGAUGUGUGAUACUAAGAAUAAUGAACUCUGUGCUAUGUGCCAAUACUUUGUAUGCAAUAUGUUAUGGGAUGUUCACCAACUGGAAAUUGCGGGAAGGGGAAACCAAUUAGAUGUACACCAAAUCAAAAUUGCAGGCAGGUGCCACCAGGCUCAACACCACACACAUCUAUGCCUUGAUAAUUAUAGACGAAGCUAUGUAGGCAUAUGCUUUAUAAAGGAAGUUGCAAUACCUAUAAAUAAGUUGCGUAUAUGCCUAUUGUGAUGUGGGAUGCCAAUAGCAUGGUUUGUAUUGUAACAAAGAACUGUGCGCUAUGUACUUGUAUGCAAUAUGUUGCAAUAAUUUCUAAAUAAAACUUUUUAAGAUUA